AUGAAGGGAUACCCACACUGGCCUGCCAGAAUUGACGAAGUUCCAGACGGUGCAGUGAAGCCAUCCAACAUGAAGUUUCCUAUCUUUUUCUUUGGCACGCAUGAAACAGCGUUUCUAGGGCCAAAAGACAUUUUUCCAUACCAACCCAACAAAGAUAAGUACGCCAAACCCAAUAAGCGAAAAGGCUUCAACGAAGGACUGUGGGAGAUUGAAAAUAACCCCAAAGCUGAACUCACCGGUCCUAAGCCGGUUCCACCCAAUUCUCUCCGGACAGAAAAGGACUCGGACAGCAGUGCAGAGGAGGACGAGAACAAGGGCAGUAAAUCUAAAGAUGUUUCCCAGAAAGAUUCAAAGAAAGGACGUAAGAAAAAGACCGACGAGACCGAAAAUGAAAAGGACGAUGUGCCUGCGAGCCCCGUCAGUUCAGGAGGAGAAAGUCAAAAACGCAGAGGGAGAAAGUCCCAGAGUGAAAAGCCACUUCCGCUUCAAGAGAGCCAUGGGUCAGGAAAUGAAAUGGAGACCGAUUCAGACCGAAAGAGGAAAAGGGCCACAGAGUCUAAAAGUGAGGAGGAGAAGAGGAAGAGAGACGAGGGUAAAAAGUCCGAGGCCGAAGUCAAAGAGCCAGAGUCCAAGAGGAGGAGGCCAGGACAGAAAGACGGCCACGCGUCCACCUCCGAGGAUGAAGAGAAAAAACGAAGCAAAAGGAAAACUUCUGAGAUGGAAAAAGAUGUGAAAAGGCGUAAAGGGGAGGAAGCAACAAGCAAGGAUGAUGGAAAGAAAAGCGAGGAAAGGACUGGAACAAAGAAGAAAGAACUGUCUACUGACCUGAAGCUCCACAAACUGCACAAUGAGAUCAGGAUUUCCUUGAAAAUUGAUAACACAGACGUGAAGAAGUGUCUGGAUGCUUUGGACGAGCUCGGGGCACUCCAGGUCACCACGCAGCACCUGCAGAAGCACAGCGAGCUCAUUGCUACACUUAAAAAGAUCCGAAGAUUCAAAGCCAGCCAAGACGUCAUGGACAAGGCGAGCAUGUUGUAUCACAAGUUUAAAAGCAUGUUCCUCGUCGGAGAAGGAGACAGCGCACUCAGCCAAGUGCUAAACCGGUCUAUAGCAGAACAAAGACAACACGAAGAGGCCAAGAGAGGCGCCCUGAAGAAAGCGGAGCAGGGAAAAGAAAACACAGACAAGACUGGGAGCAGUGAAAUGAACCCAGAAGAGAAGAAGCAGGAGGCCGUUAAGGAGACAGAUGAGGAUAUCCCAGCAGCAGAGUCUAAUAGUGCCUUGAAACUCCCAGAGGAAUCCUGA